AUGACGUGCAACGAUCCCAGAGGCUUUGAGGUCCGCAAACAGACUGCAAGUCAGGUGAAACUCCCCGGUUGGGGGAACGUUGGGGGAACCUCUCUGUCACUUGCACGAGAAUCUAAUAACUCUUGGACUCGGACUGUUAGUUCAUCCAAAGACUCUAAAUUCAUGUACAGAGCAAAUUCUGCCACAGCGCUGCUGCACUACUGUCAAGACAAGUUCUGCCAUAUAGACGUAGCACUCCAAGUUGUUGUGGAGAAGGAUCAACCUUCCCCAUCUAAUCCGCACGUGCUGCUUCCUGAGGACCUCAUAUAUGACGCCGAGAGAAUUGCUGAGUUAAGCUCCUCAGAUGGACUUGAACACAAACAGGAAUUUCUCAAGGCCAUUAUCAAGGAGUUCAGUGACUUAUGCAAGAACGAUUGUUUUAGCUUGGAAGUAAUACCAGAGGAGCGAUCUCCCCUGAGCACUCGUAUAGUACUCAAGGUCAAGAGAAAAGGCGAUGGUUCCUUUGACAAAUUCAAGGCUAGGUGCGUG